AUGGUACCAUUAGUGUCUCUUCUCCUUUUACUUUCCACAACCAUUCAUGGUCUUUCGGAUUCCGAGGCUAUCCUCAACUUCAAGAAAUCUUUAGUUGUUGGGAAGGCAGACGCGUUGGCCACAUGGGAUGCUAAGAAUCCUCCUUGCACUUGGGCUGGUGUCUUGUGCAAUCGAGGCUCCGUUUGGGGGUUGCAAAUGGAGAAUUUGGAGCUUUCUGGUUCAAUAGAUAUCGAGGCGUUGACGGGUUUGACAUCGUUGAGGACUCUAAGCUUCAUGAACAAUAAGUUUGGAGGGCCAUUCCCAGAGUUCAAGAAAUUGCGUGCUCUCAAGUCACUUUACUUGUCGAACAAUCAAUUCGAAGGAACGAUAUCAGGAGAUGCUUUUGAAGGUAUGGGAUGGUUAAAGAAGCUGCAUUUGUCACAAAACAAGUUUGCCGGUGAAAUCCCGAUAUCUAUGUCCAAAUUGCCCAAACUUUUAGACGUGAGGCUUGAUGGGAACCAAUUCAGUGGACAAAUACCAGAAUUUGAACAUAACUUGCUAAUGUUAAACCUUUCAAACAAUGCAUUAACGGGUCUAAUCCCCGAGAGUUUCAGCAUGAUGGAUCCCAAGGUGUUUGAAGGUAACAAAGGCUUAUGUGGAAAACCAUUGGAAAUAGAGUGUGAUUCUCCACAACUUGAGGGACAACCCAAAUCAUCAACAAAGGUGCCUCUCAUUAUAACGGGACUUGUUACGGCGCUAACGGUAAUCAUAAUCCUUGGAGUGGUCUUCUUGCUAAACCGCAACUACAAGAAGAAACAACCUCCUUUAGCAGUGGAAACAAAAGAAUCAAGCCUGCAGAAGAAAACCGGCAUCCGAGAAGCGGAACAUCGGAAUGGCUCAAGCCCUGCUAAAAGUAUGGCUACAUCAUCUGGAGUGGAGAACACAAAGCUUUCAUUUUUGAGGGAAGAUAAGGAAAAGUUUGAUUUGCAAGAUUUGUUAAAGGCUUCGGCCGAGAUACUUGGAAGUGGAUGUUUUGGAGCAUCUUAUAAAGCAGUGCUAUCAAGCGGGAAAAUGAUGGUUGUGAAGAGGUUCAAGCAUAUGAACAAUGCAGGGAGAGAUGAGUUUCAAGAUCACAUGAAAAGAUUGGGGAGGUUAAAGCACCAUAAUCUGCUUCCCAUUGUGGCUUAUUACUAUCGGAAGGAAGAAAAGCUAUUGGUAUGUGAUUUUGCUGAGAGAGGAAGCUUGUCAUUUAAUCUCCAUGGUAAUCAAACGUUAGGAAAACCAAGUUUGGAUUGGUCUACAAGACUGAAGAUCGUGAAAGGAGUUGCAAGGGGGCUGUUUUAUCUCCACCAAGAUCUACCUAGCUUAAUGGCUCCACAUGGUCAUCUCAAAUCCUCAAACGUUCUCCUCACAAAAACAUUUGAACCUCUUCUCACAGACUAUGGCUUAAUCCCAUUGAUCAACCAAGAGAAGGCACAAGAUCACAUGGUGGCCUACAAAUCCCCAGAGUAUUUGCUACAUCGACGUGUCACCAAGAAAACCGAUGUGUGGGGGCUUGGCAUACUCAUCUUGGAGAUCCUAACAGGAAAAUUCCCAGCAAAUUUCUUGCGGGUUAACCAGAAUGGUGAGGAUUUAGUGAGUUGGGUUAACUUGAGCUUCAAAGGGGUAUGGACACCUGAUUUGUUUGAUAAGGAGAUGGCCAAGACAAAGCAUUGUGAAGGACAGAUUCUCCAACUCUUGAGGAUUGGAUUGAAAUGUUGUGAAACGGACGUGGAGAAACGAUUGGAGAUAGGAGAGGCAUUGGAGAAGAUUGAGGAGUUGAAAGAACGCGAAAGCGAUGAUGACGAUUUCUACUCAACUUAUGUGAGUGAAACUGAUGGGAGAUCAUCUAAAGGAGUGUCAUGUGAGAGCAUCAACUUGUAG